AUGGAGGCCGCACAUGAAUAUGGAGCACAUUUCCAAAACGGCGACCCCCUAAGCGGCGAUCUCCAGAACGGCGAUCUCCAAAAUGGUGAUUCCCAAAAUGGUGAUUCCCAAAAUGGCGAUUCCCAAAAUGGCGAUUCCCAAAAUGGUGAUUCCCAAAAUGGCGAUUCCCAAAAUGGUGAUUCCCAAAAUGGUGAUUCCCAAAAUUGUGAAUCCCAAUAUGGCGACCCCCAAUAUGACGACCCCCAUAAUGCCAUACCUGAAAACAACAUAACUCAAAGCGCCACACGCCAAAGCGCCACACCCCCACACGCCCUACCUGAAAACACAAAACCACAAAACGCCACACCCCAAAACGGCGCGGGCGAAGACGCCGCCCACGUGCCCGUAGGCGCCUCCCCAAACGCCCCCGAGUACGACGAAAUCGAGCUCGCCGUCACCGAAAGCCAGCACCGCGCCAUCGCCUGGCCCGCACACAUGGACCAACUCCUCCGCAUCCGCGCCGGCCCCGGCUCCGGCAAGACGUUCACGUUGGUGGCGCGGGUCGCCCACAUCCUCUCGCAAGGCACGCGGCCCGACGAGGUGCUCGUGCUCUCCAUGGCCAACCGGUCCGUGGACUCGUUGAAGGACACGUUGGCGCGCUUGGUUGGCCGGCAGACGGCCGGGGCCGUGGAAAUCGCCACGUUCCACGCGUUCUGCGCCGGGUUGCUCGACCAGCACGGCUCGCUCGUCAGCUCCAGCUACUCCAAACAGGCCAUUCUCGACGACGCCACGUGGAAGACCAUGGUGGCGUUUUUCCUGGGCCGCCUGGUCAAGUUUGGCGGCCACACCAUCGGCGGCACCAUCACCCCGGCCCGCCUCGACAAGGCCUUGUCCAGCAUCAUGUUGGGCCUCGCGUCGCCGGCCCAGGUGGCCGCGGAACACAAGCUCAACGCGGACUACCUCGCGCGCUUGGCGCAGCACCUCCGGCUGAGCGGAAUGGUGCGCUACGACGAGAUCAUAGCCGACGCCACGCACCUCAUGCGCCACUCGGCCUCCGUGCUCCGGGCCCCCGGCGCGGGCGACGCCCCCACACGUGCGCUCCUCCCGCGCUUGGCCCACUACAAGGCCGUGCUCAUCGACGAGUUCCAGGACGUGUACCCGGCGCUCGCCGCGGUCAUCCGCUGCAUCGUGGAGUACCCCACGGCCGGGCUCGCCGCGCGCCGCAAGCACUUGACCAUCACCGGCGACUCCAACCAGAGCAUCUACGACUUCUUGGGCGCACACGAGCUGGACAUGGCGCGCUUCCCGCGCAAGUUGCCGCGCAUGGACGUCGUGGACCACCGCUUGCAGGAGUCGUUCCGCUGCACGCAGCCGAUCUUGGACGCGGCCGUGGACGUGGCGUUGAAGGACGCGUCAUUCCGGCCCCGUGCCACGCGCGCCGACGCCUGCGCGCAGCGGCCCGUGCUCCUCGAGGCGUCCAGCGUGGUGGAGGAGUACCACAGGGUGGCCGACGAGAUCGUGCGGCUCCUCUGCCUGCUGGGCGGCCUCGUGCACCUCGACGACAUUGCCAUUCUCGCCAGGACCAACGCCGCGGCCACCGCCAUGCAGGCGGUGUUGAAGUCCCGCUUUGGUCUUGCCGCCCACAAGCUCUCGCUGGGCAACCAGUGGGUGGCCUCGCGCAUGCACAUCCUCAAGCACGUGCUCGGCGUGAUCUCGGGCGAGUCCGGCUCCAGCGUCAGCUUGAUGUCCAUCUUGUUGAACUUGGACUCCAUGCCCGGGAGCCGCGUGCGCGUGUCUCGCGUGUUCAGCGAGAGCCUCGCCAAGAGCGCCCCGGGCGACGCCAUGUUCCUCGAGGCGUACCUCUUCGACGAGCUCCUGAACCCAGACCCCAAGGCCUCGGCCCUCGCCGCGCUAUACGCAAAGCACCCGGCCGCUCUCGAGCGCAUCGCCGCGUUCCUCAACCAGGUGCAGACCGAGAGGCAGCUCUUGGCCGAUGCGCACGCCACGUCCCCGCUUGCGUUUGGCCCCGUGGCGCUCGUGGCGUGUCUCCAGCGGAUGGCGGCUCUCGAUGGCAUCGCCCAGUACUUGCGCCUGGACGCCAACGAAACCAGCAAGGCCUCGCCCUUGGAGAUCUUGGAGUCCUUCAACAAUUCCAUCCACCAUGCGUUCGGCAAGUACUCCGCCAGGCCGGAGCUCCACACCACCACGUUCCUAGACUAUUUCUUGCAAACCUACGACAGCGACGUCAUCAACCCGGUUGGGAACUCCAUCACCGUCUCCACCAUCCACUCCGCAAAGGGCUUGGAGUUCCCCAUCGUGUUCGUUCUCGGC